AUGACAGAUGCUACCCCGAGUGGUCAAGGUGCACCAGGGGAUGGAGCUCCACCUCCGAAUCAAGAAGGCGCUGAUGACAAAGACGAGAAGAAAGAAUUAGAAAGUGGAGCAUCGGGGGCAGGCAGUCAAAUGGGUGGUGCACCUCCAGAAACGGGAGAAAGUGGAGCAGCGAGUGAAGGAGGUAAAAAGAAGAAGAAGAAAAAGAGCAAGAAGAAGAAAAGGAAGACAGCACAUUUCAAGCAAUACUUUUCACCCCAAUCGUCAUUUUUACUCAAUAAUCACAUUCGCCACUUUAGGAAACGAGGACAUCCGUAUUUCAAAGUACUGUGCAUCGUAUUCUCACUAUUGUCUCUAGCCAGUCUUGCUACAGCAUUGACUAUGGGUGCACUGAUGUUAAACGAUACAGCAAAGUAG